GGAGGUAUAUAAAGGGCGCGAACACGCGCACACGCCGGCGGCGAUCCAAGAACAAUCCAUCCAUCCGAUUCGCCGUUCGUCCGAGUUGGCAUUCCUCCAUCUCUUCUCCUCUUCUUGCGCAGCGCGCCAUUGCUGCAGUCACAGAUCUCUCUCUAGUCCCACCAUUUUCUUUCUUGGGUGAGGAGAAGGGAGGGGGAGGGAUGAAGGAGAUAGUGGUUGGGUCGGUGGCGGCGGCGGCGGCGGUGGGGAGGUGGGGAGCGGCGCCGCCGCAGGCGAUGCUGGAGAGGAUGAAGGAUUACGGGCAGGAGGGCGCGUUCGCGCUCUGGGACGAGCUCUCGCCCGAGGACCGGGAGCUGCUCGUCAGGGACAUCGAGAGCCUGGAUCUUUCAAGGAUUGAUCGGAUCAUCCGGCGCUCCCUUGGAUCACAAGGAUUCACUUUGCCCACCGUCGAGCCGGUGCCGGAGUCCAGCGUGUCCAAGGUGGAGGAGAGGUUGCCGGAGGACAAAGAACGGUGGUGGAAGAAGGGGCUGAAGGCCAUUUCGGAGGGGAAGCUAGCCGUCGUCCUUUUAGCCGGUGGUCAGGGGACUCGGCUUGGUAGCUCUGAUCCUAAAGGAUGUUUCAGUAUCGGACUUCCGUCUGGAAAGUCGCUUUUCCAACUCCAAGCUGAACGGAUUUUGUGUGUUCAAAAGCUUGCUGCUCAAUCAAGUGAUAGUCCAAAUAACACCGUACCUAUUCAUUGGUAUAUAAUGACCAGCCCCUUCACCGAUGACAUCACUCGCAAAUUCUUCGAAAGCCGUAAAUACUUUGGCUUAGAGGCAGACCAAGUGACAUUUUUCCAACAAGGCACCCUUCCAUGUGUUUCUGCUGAUGGCAGAUUUAUUAUGGAGACACCAUACAAGGUAGCAAAGGCUCCUGAUGGCAAUGGUGGAGUUUAUGCUGCCCUCAAGUCCAGAAGGUUGCUGGAAGAUAUGUCUUCACGGGGUGUAAAGUAUGUAGAUUGCUACGGGGUUGACAAUGCACUGGUCCGCGUUGCUGAUCCGACGUUCCUAGGUUACUUCAUAGACAAAGCUGUAUCUUCUGCUGCAAAGGUUGUUAGGAAGGCUUACCCACAAGAGAAUGUUGGAGUAUUUGUUCGACGAGGACGUGGUGGACCUCUCUCUGUAGUUGAGUAUAGUGAAAUGGACGCAGCUAUGGCUACUGAAAUUAAUCAGUCAACGGGACGCCUUCGUUAUUGUUGGAGCAAUAUUUGCUUGCAUAUGUUCACUUUGGAUUUUUUGAAUCAAGUAGCAAACAGCCUUGAGAAGGACAGUACUUAUCAUCUUGCUGAGAAGAAGAUCCCUUCCAUCCAUGGGUACGCAAUGGGCUUGAAGCUUGAACAGUAUAUAUUCGACGCGUUCAGUUACUCCCCAUCCACAGCACUUUUUGAGGUUUUGCGGGAGGAGGAAUUUGCGCCUGUAAAGAAUGCGAAUGGCGCGUCUUAUGAUACCCCUGAUAGCGCAAAGCUGAUGCUGCUUCGUCUCCAUAGUAGAUGGGUAGUUGCUGCUGGUGGCUUCUUGACCCAUUCUGUCCCAUUGUACAUGACAGGUGUGGAAGUUUCUCCACUUAGCUCCUAUGCUGGAGAAAACUUGGAAGCCAUUUGCCGCGGACGGACAUUCCAUGCGCCGAGUGAGAUUUCCUUCUAGGUGACCUGUGACACAAACAGCUCUGUAACUUCAAAUUUGUGGAACAGUGGCAGAGAAAGGAUUGCAGGAUUUCAUCUCAAACAGAAAAAAAAAAAAGAUCACAGGGUUUCCAUUUUCCCUAUGUCAUGGGAUGAAUGGAUGCUGUACAGUUCAGUGAGCUCCUCAGAUAUUGGCCGGGUUGUUUUAUGUUGUGUCAUCUGUGAGUAUUGUAAUGUAGCCCCCAAAAUUCUAAGGCCAUCUUGAUUUUCACACAAAAACAUUUGUGUGGCAGUGCCAUUUUGGUUUCUCCUGUAGUCCUGUGUUGCUCCCAUGUAAUCUGUAGAUGUUUUUUCCCCCUUCAAAACAAUAUAGAUCUUUGAAUGCCCAUGAUUUCAUUUCAGA